UCAUUCUAAAUUCAUCACCUUUUCCUUUCUUCAAUAAUUCUUCCAUCAUAAUUCCCUCCUUUUCAUGCACUUGCCCUAACCCAAACCCCCUUUAUUCUCUGCCAUUUCAACCUUUCUUUUUCUUUUUCUGUCAAGAAAAUUCCACUUUCCCUCCAAACAAACAGCCCAUAAACAUCAAACAGAACCAACAAGCCAAUCUGUCAUCUCUUUCAUUCUUUGACUACUCCACUCACUUUCUCUCUACCCAAACAACAGCUAGAAAACAACAACAAAAUGGCAGAGUUUGAUUAUCAAGAACUCGUUAAAGCAACUCAGAAUUUCUCUCAUUCAACACUUAUAGGCAAAGGUAGCCAUGGAUCAGUUUAUAAAGCCAUAUUAUUUCAAGAAAACAAGAUUCUUGCAAUCAAGAAAUCAUCCAUUGGCCAUGAUCAUGUCUCCAACGACAACAUCAAGAAACUCGACAACGAAAUCUCCGUAUUAUCGUCACUACCUCCCAAUCCAAACAUAAUCAAAUAUCUCGGUACGAGCAUACAACAAAACUACAAACUCCUCGUGAUCGAAUUCAUGCCGAACGGUUCACUUCAAGAAUUACUGCAUGCCACUAAAAUUCCACCACCUUCGUGGUCUAAACGAAUCGAGAUUGCGUUACAGAUCGCGAAAGCAAUACAUUUUCUCCAUCAAAGCACUCCCACGAUCAUUCAUAGAGAUAUAAAGUCAGCUAAUAUCUUAUUCGAUUCAAAUUGGAACGCAAAGUUGGCAGAUUAUGGACUCGCCGUGUCACGAGUCGACUCAUCCAACUCAUCGAGUUACUACGCGACUCAACCCGCCGGUACGAUAGGGUAUAUGGAUCCAUGCUAUACUAUACCAAGCAAAUUAAGUACUAAAAACGAUGUUUUUAGCUUUGGGGUAGUGUUAUUAGAGAUAAUUAGUAGUAAAAAAGUGAUUGAUGUGAAUAGGGCAACAACUUCAAUAGUAGAAUGGGCAAUGCCACUAAUUAAAAAAGAGAGAUUAAUGGAAAUUUGUGACACAAGAAUUGGACUGCCACCACAGUAUAUUGAGGGCACGAUUAGGUAUUUAUUAUAUGUGGCUGCACGUUGUGUUUCUUGUAAUGAAGAGAAUCGGCCAUCAAUGGGUGAAAUUGUGAUGGGCAUGAGCUUUGGUUUGGUUGAAAGGGUGAGAGUAGAACCACCUAGUACGAGUUGGGUUAGCCUAAUUAGGAGUUUUAUGGCUAUGAGAAGGAAAAAGAAAUUGGCUAAAAAAUGCCAUAGCCAAAAGUUUGAAGAUUAUAGUGAUAUUACUAAAGGGAAGGUUUUGUUGAGAGAGAUUUUGGCUGAUAUUAAGUAGGGAUAAUUACUAUCAUCUCUCCGAGGUUCGGUAAAUAUUAUAUUUUUCUUUCAAUAUUUAGUAAUUUUUUUAUUAUAUUUCAGUGUUAAAUAAUUUAAUGGAAAUUUCAGUAAUUUAAUAUAGAGGUGUGCAAAAUCAAACCAAAAUUUGGUUUUUCUAUUCGGUUUAGUUUGAUUUUAAAAUUAUCACAUUUAAGUUUUAAUACAAUUUGAACUGAAAAAACUAAAAAUGAACCAAGAAAAUCAAUUGGUUCGACUUGAAACGUCUUAUAUAAUUGUAAUUUUAGUUCGAUUCAAUUAUAAAAAAUUUGAUUUGGUUCAAACCAAUUGCACAAAUUCAUUUUUGGAUAUUCAAUAAAAAUAUUUUUUUUUUCAAAAUUUUGGAAGAAAAAUUUGGUAUUAUAUGAGAGAUGGUAGUAAUUAUUCUAAUUACUGAAAAACUUUGGUAAUGACUGAGUCAAUUAAUUAAGUUGGCAGAGUUGAAGAACUGAGUCAAUCAACUCGGCUGGGUCAUAAUUUACAUUUUAAUUUUCUUAGGGAAUUAUAUAGAGUUUCUAAGUACUAUUUAAGUUACAAUUGUGGAGUGCUAUUUUAUUGAAUGUGUUUUUAAAAAGAAUGAACCGCCAAACAGAAGAUUCCCAAAAGUUGGUGGAUGAGGAAUAAAAAGAAAGAUUGGUUUGAUGGAGUGUCUAUUGUGAUGUUUAUUAUACUAUACUAUUUUUCUUUAUGCCUUUUUAUAUAUUGAAUUGUUAUUUUUGUAUAGGAUAUAAUUAAUGGAUUUUUUUAAAUAUUAUUGGAUCAUUUUUCUCUUUA